GCCUACAACGAAUAAAACUCUGGCCCACGGGGACAACUAUCCUGAUUCCUGCGUGCUCAUACUUAUCCCCAAAAAUCGCAGACCUUGUUUCGCUUUGUCUCGACUCUCGAUCGUAUAGUAGUGUUUUUCUUUUUCCGUUUUAGAGAAAAUACAAGUUUAGUAACACAGAAGAGAAGAAGAAGAAGACGAUGCAGAUCUUCGUCAAGACAUUGACUGGCAAGACCAUAACUCUCGAGGUCGAGAGUAGCGACACCAUCGACAACGUCAAAGCCAAGAUUCUUGACAAGGAAGGCAUCCCUCCUGAUCAGCAAAGAUUGAUUUUUGCUGGUAAACAAUUAGAAGAUGGACGUACUCUUGCUGAUUACAACAUCCAGAAGGAGUCCACUCUUCACCUGGUUUUGAGGCUUAGGGGAGGAACUAUGAUCAAGGUGAAGACUCUCACUGGAAAAGAAAUUGAAAUCGACAUUGAACCAAAUGAUACCAUUGAUAGGAUCAAGGAACGGGUUGAGGAGAAAGAAGGAAUUCCUCCUGUGCAGCAAAGGCUUAUUUAUGCUGGCAAGCAGCUUGGAGAUGACAAGACAGCUCGCGACUACAAUAUUGAGGGUGGCUCUGUGCUUCAUCUUGUUCUUGCUCUGAGGGGUGGUUGUCUCUGAAAUGCGCUCACGAUGUUACAAAAAUCUACCUAUUGAGGCUUCUUACAUAAGUACUUUAUAGAUGUACGUUUUGGCUUGUGAAUGUGGAUAACAUUAGUAUGUGAGAAUUCACAAGAAAUAUGCUACUCUAUCUCCAAUUGCUACUCUUAUAUUUUUGCAGGGCAAAAGCAGUGCCUGCUCUAAUUGUUUA